UCUUCUUCUUGCUAAAUAUUCAAAUUCAAUCACAAACCCGAUACUUUUUUCCCCUGUUAUUGUUUUUUUUUUUUUUUUUUUUUAUUGUUGUACUAUACUUCAACUACUAGCAAUUCAGGAUUGUUAUUCUGAUAUUGGGUUCGGAUGAUGAGAGGAUUAGAACUUGUCUUCUUUGCUAUUCUACUGGUUCUUGCAACUCUUCAAGUGGCGAAUUCACAUGGAGAGCAACCUCUUUCAAGAAUCGCUGUUCAUAACACAAGACUUCAACUUUUUGAAAAUGCUGAUAUUAAAGCCUCCCCUUCAGUUCUUGGACUCAAGGGGCAAAAUUCUGAGUGGGUUACAUUGGAGUACGCUUCUCCAAACCCAUCAAAUGACGACUGGAUAGGAGUGUUUUCUCCUGCUAAUUUCAGUGCCUCCACCUGCAACCCUGAUGAUGGCUCAAAACAAGCUCCUCCAUUUUUGUGUACUGCACCUAUUAAGUAUCAGUAUGCAAACUACAGUAGUCCAGGAUACAGAAAGGAGGGAAAGGGGUCGUUGAGGCUUCAGUUAAUUAACCAGAGAUCAGAUUUCUCUUUUGUGCUUUUUUCUGGAGGUUUAACGAAUCCCAAGGUGGUGGCAGUGUCAAAUAAAGUUGCUUUCACCAAUCCAAAUGCGCCAGUUUACCCACGCUUAGCACAAGGAAAGAUAUGGAAUGAAAUGACUGUAACAUGGACAAGCGGGUACGGGAUCAAUGAGGCAGAACCCUUUGUUGAAUGGGGUCGAAAAGAUGGUGAUCAUAUGCGAUCCCCAGCUGGGACACUGACUUUUAAUCGUAAUAGCAUGUGUGGUGCACCAGCAAGGACAGUUGGGUGGCGUGAUCCUGGAUUUAUACACACAAGUUUUCUGAAGGAGUUAUGGCCGAAUUCUGUGUAUACAUACAAGCUUGGGCAUAAAUUAUUCAACGGUACAUAUGUUUGGAGUCAAGUGUACCAGUUUAGAGCAUCUCCAUACCCAGGUCAAAGUUCUGUACAGCGUGUUGUUAUUUUUGGAGACAUGGGAAAGGAUGAAGCUGAUGGCUCCAAUGAAUAUAACAACUUCCAGCGUGGCUCCCUUAACACUACCAAGCAGCUUAUUCAAGACUUGAAAAACAUUGAUAUAGUCUUCCACAUUGGUGAUAUAUGCUAUGCAAAUGGAUACCUUUCUCAGUGGGACCAGUUCACUGCACAGGUUGAGCCAAUUGCAUCAACUGUUCCUUACAUGAUUGCAAGUGGUAACCAUGAACGUGACUGGCCUGGAACAGGAUCCUUCUAUGGGAACUCAGAUUCUGGAGGAGAAUGUGGUGUAUUGGCUGAGACAAUGUUCUAUGUCCCUGCUGAGAACAGGGCUAAAUUCUGGUAUUCCACUGACUAUGGCAUGUUCAGAUUUUGCAUAGCUGACACAGAACAUGAUUGGAGGGAGGGAACUGAACAAUACAAAUUUAUUGAGCAUUGCCUUGCUUCUGCUGAUAGACAAAAGCAACCAUGGCUAAUUUUCCUUGCACAUCGGGUGCUAGGUUAUUCAUCUGCUACCUGGUAUGCUGAUCAAGGAUCAUUUGAGGAACCUAUGGGAAGGGAGAGCCUUCAAAAGCUUUGGCAGAAGUACAAGGUUGAUAUAGCCAUGUACGGCCAUGUUCACAAUUAUGAAAGGACAUGUCCCAUUUACCAGAAUAUUUGCACGAGCAAAGAGAAAUUCUUCUACAAGGGCACCUUAAAUGGAACAAUACAUGUGGUUGCGGGUGGAGGAGGAGCAAGCCUUGCAGAUUUCACACCCAUCAAUACUACAUGGAGUUACUUUAAAGACCAUGAUUACGGAUUUGUUAAACUUACAGCUUUUGACCAUUCUAACCUGUUGUUUGAGUACAAGAAAAGCAGGGAUGGAGAGGUUUAUGACUCUUUCAAGAUAUCCCGGGACUACAGAGACAUCUUGGCCUGCACGGUGGAUAGCUGUCCAAGCAUGACCCUAGCAUCUUGACCUGCGUUUGAAUUAAGAGAACUUCCUGUUGAGCAUUCUUUGUUGAAUUUUAGUAUUUUGUUUUAGCCAUUACAGUUCUGAAUAAAGCUUCCUUUGACCUUUCUUUUCCAAAAAAAACAAAACAAAAAACAAAAAAAAUGCAAUAAUGAUCAAUGUUGCAGUUACAAAAGACUUGAAGAUGUUAAAGAGGUAGUUGCUGUUGAUUAAACAUCUCUCAGUUUCAAGUGAUAAUGCAUUACUCUUCCGGAUGGCA